GUGUCCUUUCUCGAUUUUGAUCCAUCACCGCGUAGCCAGAGCGAUUUUGUUUGUCAUUGCUGCAGCAGUUUCGAGUGUCUGAUUUUCCUCCGGCUUCAGUUCGAGUGAGAUUGUUUUCCGUAGAAAUCGUCAAAAAAUGGAAACUUUAAUGGGAAUUCGUGGCCCUGACUUUGUGAUGUUGGCGGCGGAUUGCACACACGCCCAUUCGAUCAUGGUCCUGAAAGACGAUGAAAGUAAAAUCUACAAGAUUUCCGACAACUUGAUGAUGGCCACUAUUGGCGAGGCCGGAGAUCGGGUCCAGUUCACGGAGUACAUUAGCAAAAACAUUCUGCUGUACAAGAUGCGCAAUGGGUACGAGCUGGGACCGAAGUCGGCUGCCCAUUUCACCCGGAAGAAUUUGGCCGACUAUCUGCGAUCCCGUACUCCGUACCAAGUGAACGUGCUGGUGGGAGGCUACGACGCGGCAGAUGGUGCCCAGUUGCAUUACAUUGAUUAUUUGGCGAAUUCGCUGCCGGUGAAAUAUGCCGCUCACGGAUACGGUGGUUUGUUUGUGUCCAGUAUCCUGGACCGGUAUCACCAUGCAAAAAUCACUCAGGAUGAGGCGUACGAAAUCCUGAAGAAGGGCGUCGCGGAGAUUCAGAAGCGGUUGAUCAUCAAUCUGCCGAACUUCAAGGUGUCCGUCAUAGAUAAGGAUGGAAUCAAGGAACUGAAGGAUAUCACGGCCGAAAGCUUGAAGGCGGAAACCGUCGCGGCUUGAAUCUUUUUUGGUGACGAGAGGAAGUAAGAGUAAGCUGUUCGAUCCAACUAGGAAAUAGAACAAUACAUUUCGAUUUACAUUUAUACGAUGCA